GACACACACUGAACGCUGCUUCCAUGCACAUUCACACACACACACACACACACACACACACACACACACACACACACAGACUACAGACAUCAUCUCAGCGGUGAAAGAACAGGGAGUGCACACACACCGCUCUGCAUGUUGCCUUUUCCCUGCUGUAUGAGGGAGAGGAAGUGCUUGCAAGGAGGACGCACCUGCCGACCUGGACCAUGAGCAAUGAGUCUGCUGUCUGGAAAAACCUAACCGAGAACCCCACAGACCUCCCUGAGGAAAGCGGGGUGCAGGAUGGCUACGUCCUCCAACUUGUUCUGUUGUCCAUCUUCCUGGCGGUGACGCUCGUCCUCCUGUCUGUCCUGAUAAUUGCCUGUCGCCGCUGUUGCGAGGGAGACCGGAGCUAUGCUCGGUUCAUUCCUUGCUACAGGCGUAGCGAUGAUCUGGAGAAGACGUCCACCUCGUAUAUCGAAGAAACACAGCCGAUGCAUGAAAUCACAAUCCGUGUGGAUGAGUCAGAGUGUUUGUCGGCAGCCAGCUCCCACGACAUGGAGACCGAGCGCUUCCUGUCCACGGGAAGCACGGGUCGGCGUGUGUCCUUCAACGAGGCUGCCCUCUUCGACCACAGCAAAAAGGCACAAGAGAAAGGCAGAAGGUACACACUCACUGAGGGCGAUUUCCAUCACCUGAAGAACGCCAGACUUACACACCUUCACCUCCCGACAGCAGCCCUGAAGAUCGUCACCAUCCAUGAGUGUGAGUCAUCGGAGAACAACAUUGCCAUGACAACACGGCCUGUCGCUAAAUCCAGCCUCUCCAUCUUCCAGCCUCCAAUGUGUUCACUGCCACAAACUGCUCUUAGUAGCCUAAGUCCCAGUUCAGCUCUGCCAGGUGAUUCCCUCAACUCCACUGUGGAUACCAGCUUCUGUGAAAGCCCACCAUCUCCCAGUCCAGAACCUCCAAGACCCAGCCUGAUGGACAUUAGAGGACCAAGCCUGAGAAACGGGGGCAGCCCAGGCACUGGGCGAGAGGUGGCACUCGCUUCAGCCUCUGGUGUCUCCUCUUCAAGUGGCAUCCCUCAGGGCCCGGUAUUGCAUUUCUUUACAAAGCUGAGACGUCACGCCAGUCUGGAGGGAGCCAGUCCUUAUCUUAAGAUUAAGAGAUGGAAGUUUGACAGCAACCAGAGGGCCUCCAGCCUGGACACCAGAGGCUCCCCCAAACGGAGGCCAUUCCAGAGGCAGCGAGCAGCCAGUGAAAGCAUGGACCAGGAGGAGAACGGUGCCCACCACAUCGACCUCAUCCAGUACAUCGCCCGCACCAAAGAUGUGGUUUACUGCCCGCCACAUCUCCUUUCCCCCCCAUCCACACCCCCACCGUCCCUCGGCAGGUUAGAGGUGGAGGUGAUGGUGGAGCCAAGCUGCAGCAGAGCAUUGGGGCCUGGUGUGAUCGGUCUCAGCGCUGAGCCCAAAGACGAGGCUCCUGGCAUGGGCUGUCAUCGGGAGAGCACAGACCACCAGACUCUUUAUCGUGACAUCUGGACCUUGCGUGCCUCUCUGGAACAGUACAUCUCCGACCAGAGCAGCAACAAUGACAAAGACUCAGUGCAUAGUGAUGCAGACAGUGUGUCUUCGCUAAGGCUUAGGAUGGAGAAGGGUGGGUUGCCCAGGUACCCCUCUCAGGACAUUGGGGAUGGAAUAGAAGGAGAUGCAGAGUUUCCUGGUGAUGAUGGUCUGGAGAAAAGAAGGAAACAGGACAGUGUGGACUCUGAAAGAGGAAGUGAUGAAUCGGGUACCCGGAAGCUUCUGCAAAUGGAUAGUGGCUAUGCAUCUAUAGAUGCUCCCUCUCGCGCUCUUGAUGAAGUGCGGCUGUUCCGGAGCAGCAGUGGUAGCAAGGAGGAUUUGGGACCUGCCAUGGAACGGAGACAAUUCUUCACCAGCUCUGGAUAUAGAGGAACGGUGUCUGAAAGUUUUGACACAGAUAUCUUGGAUGAAGAACUUGAAGAGGAACCUGGGGGAGCCAGUGGAGGUGGUGAUGCUGUGAUAGAACUGGAAGAGGGUGCUUUGGUGUGGUCACCUUAUGGGCAGAUGUUCACACAGUCUGACACUCAGUCUCGUGUGCCAGCCUUGUCUUUCCGGGACUACAGCAUAGACGAGAAAACAGAUGCACUUUUUCACGAAUUUCUGCGCCAUGAUCCCCAGUUUGAUCAGCAGGAGUCACCGGUGCGCUCUAAGCACCGCUCUCGUGUGCACCUACGCAAACAGUGGCAGCGCUCGAAGCAGUACAGUGAUCCUGGCCAGCGCUUUCACUCGUCCUUUGACCGUUAUCGCACUCCGCUUCGCCGUGGAGAGACCGUUAACUACCCUUUGGAAAGUAGCUACCAAAGCAAACUUCCUCGAAUUGUCAGCGGUCCAGAUGAGGAGAACAGUGAUGGAACUGCCAACCUUGUAGAGAUGCCUAAGGCAAGUCAACGCUUGGGAGUGGUAGAUAAGAGUUUUGCAUCUCCAAAGGAUAAGCACACACAGCACCCUUCCAGUACUGACCCUAGUGUAGAUUUGAAGGAAAAGGCAGAACUUGCACCCUUAAAACUCCCUCCAGUGGCUGAUAGUUCUCCAGGGCAACCAGAAGAUAUUGCAGAAGAGUCCGGGCACACAGUCCAGUCUCAUGAGCCGACAAACGGGCUUUCACCCCCACCGUUAUCUGAAACCGGGUACGGCCCUCAGACAAUCACAACAGAGCUGAGCGAUAAACUGUCCGUGACCCUUGAAGAGCGUCUGUAUUCUGAUUUACGCAGGACCAAGGAGCAACCUGAGUGUUUGCUGACAGCCACGCAUGCCUCACCCGACCACAGCCCAGUGUAGCACAUGGCUCCACUUAUCCCUACCAACUCUAUGUUGAUAUCUCAACAGGGCUUGUAGAAAUGACCCCUUAGACACUGAUCUGAAAUGUUGUAGUUUUAGGGCUAGAAUCACAGCAGGAGGACACAAAGGGUCGGGGAACUUCAUUCUAUAUCAUCUCCAGUGUUAAGUAAGUGGAGAUUAAGACCCUUACCUCACAUCUGACAUGGCAUUAAAUCAUUUUGGAACAGUGUCUGUAUGGUAUAUUGCUUUAUUCAGGCUCCAUUUAGUUAUCUGUAGAGUUCAAAAGCCAAUAUAUUCUCUGCACUAGGUAAUCCACUGUGAAAUUGGGUGCUACUAGACUUGCCGUUAAUGUCCUUUGGCUCUGAUUUGCCAUGUUUCUCCACGCUUGUGAUUCAGCCUCCUUUCCUUUUCGGACACUACACUCCUUAGAGAGCACUAAUCCAUGAUGUAAUCCUUCUCUGAUUUAAUGUGUGUUAUAGAUUCAGUUCCUCUGUUCCAACUCUUUCUAGCCUUUCUAUUCUCUCUGCUUGGCUUUAAUCACGUCUGAAUAAUGAUGAUGUUGAAUGAGCUGUGUAUGUUGCACUACGAUAAUCCGUGUAUGCACUUUUCAUAAUUUCAGCCACAGUGUUCCUCAUUAAGUGUCCUUGUCAUAAUGUAGUGUGGUUCCUACUAGAACUGCUGGUAUGGAAAAAAACUGCCCUUUUUUUAGUGCAAUACAUGUAAUGUUAUGAGCUUUUUUGUUCUUAACCAUAAUAUUUAUUAUUGCUUUAAUGUUUGAUGUGGGUUUUUUUUUUACGUGUCUAAAGAAAGCAAAUGGAUUUUGGUAUGUUUUUUUAGACUGUAGGUGCCAAAUCAUUAGGUCAGGAAAGCUAAUUAUUAGGUUAUAAUUGAAAAAAGUAAAGAAAAAAAUUGCGAUAGGGUUUAAAUAAGGCUUAAAACAAGCACUUCAUCAUGUCUCCAGAGUCGCUUGUGUUUAAUAGAUUAGACGAGCCGGGCAUGAUGCUUUUUGUACGCUCGUCACAGACCGACUGUGUUCAUUAGCUUUUCUUUUUCAUGUAAAGAUGACGAAUGCGAGCCGCUCGUCCAGGCUUGAGAGAGGAAUUGUAAAAAGGGGUCGUUAUACAUCGAUCCCGAACAUCCCCGUGUGACCGGAUCCUGCAACCAACGCCAAAACUCUCGUCAAUAUCAACCAAUCAAGUGGCAGAAAUUCCAAUUAAAGAAUUCAUGGGAAGAGUAGAUGCGAUUAGCAGCCUUUGUUUGUGAACGCCAUUUGUGGAUUGUGUGUCAGAGCAGAUUAUUCUCCCUGUACAUCAUAGAUCCUAAAUGAUUCCAUUGAGAGCAGGAUUCGGCUCAGCUUUUUUCUUUUCGUUAUGUAAGGAGAGAAUAAAACGACUUUAGCUGGGGGGAAGGUGUAUAAAAUGAGCUACAAUGAUGUAUAUAAAUGAAAGAACGAUAUGUUGGGUAGCGCUGCAUGCUUAAUCUCGCUCAGGAUUGCUAAUACGCCAGAAAAAGCUUCGAUAGAAUCGUGCUUAAAACAUCACCUGCCACCGAUACGAUGCCAUCCGUCAUCCAUUUCAACGUCGGCAUCAUUUCCAUCGUUCCAUCGCAAUUAUUUUCGAGAUGUAUACAAGCACAACGGUUUUCUUUUAUUUUCACCACAGGUUCUAGAUCAGCCUUCACUAGACGCAACCGCCGGAUGCUUGGGUGAUGUUUCGUGUGCUAGCGAGUAGCCUGUUUAAUGCAUCGAUGCAUUACUGUGCAUAGUUUUGCAUGAGAUGAAAACGUUUUAGUAAAGAUGAUUGUUUUUAUUCCGAUCUGAAAUUCAGCAUCAAAACGAGAUCAUGAUUAUUGGACGCUUAUUUGUUUGAAGCAUAAAAAUAAAAACAAAUCAGAACCAUAUUAGUUCUGAGAUAGUUUUGAAAUAUAUUCUAUGGAGUCUAUUUCGUUUCGAAAUCUGCCUCAAUGAACAUGGAAGAGAUUUUGCUAAGGAAAAGUCCAUCACAGGGAAAAAAUAAAGUUUUUACUUUGCUAAUAUAUUUCCACUGGAGAACUUUUUUGCUCGCUGUAAUUAAAUGUAAAAACAUAUUUCUGUAUAACUGCUCGAUAUUUAAAUGAGAGGUCGAAUGACGAAUUUUUCAGAACAAUUUUUUGUUUACCUCAAUCUCAAAGCCCUGAGGGACCAAUCGAUGGAAAAUGUUUGGGUUUAUGUUUAGUCAAUAAAGAAAAAAAAAAAA